AUGAACGAGAAGAAGAUUAUCUCUCGUGUCAUGGACGCCAUGGCGAUCCGCCUAGCGACUUCUCUCCUGCUCCUGCUACUUCAGAGGACUGAAUGCCUGCGCGGCUCGGCUGCAUCGCAGACGUCUUCGCUGACGCUCGUAGCGGAGAACCCCGGCGCGGGCGACUGGUCGCUGGGAGACACCGUCCGCCUCUCGUACGUGCUCGAGACGCAGGCCGACACGCACGUCACCUGCACACGUGACAGCCGCCUGGUCAGCGCUUACCUGUUCACCGUGCCUACGCGCACAAUCACCGUCAGGGCCCGUCGCCUGUUACUGGUGCGCAACGCCUCCGUGGAGAACGCGGGACGCUACCUGUGCCGGGCGCGCAGCGGCAACGCUUCGCGAGCAGUCGGUUGGCGGGUGCGAGUGCGGACACGUGACCAGUGUCCUUCGGUGCUGCCCUGUCAGGAGGCGCAGGGGCGACCGUGCACGCCCUGUUCAUGUCCCCAGGGUCGCGCCUUCUUCGGCAAGAGUCGCGCGUUCACCUGCUACGAGACUCCGCGCGGACACUUGGGCAACGACCUCAAGAUGGCUGUGAACGUGAGCCGACGUUUGUACACCUUCGAGCAGUUCGAGCCAGUCGUCGUCGAGUACGAACUUCGGGCCUACGGAGACACGCAGGUUACAUGGCUGGUCGACAACGUAGUCUACCACACGCACACUGUCCUUGUGCCCCAAAAGUCGACAGGUUUGGUUUCCUUCAGCAAGAGGUUCGUCCUGGACCCAUCUCCGAAGGCUGCCAGGCACGUGGAGCUGACUGUAGAGGCACAGCUAAGGCACACCGACCUGCGCGUCAGCGAGUCUGUGACUGCGGUGAUGUCUCGCAGCGUGCUCUGGUCUUCGUGCAAGGAGGAGAACUGCAGCGCCAUCAACGCUCACUGCGCCCCGUCCGGCCGGUGCGAGUGUGCCGAAGGCUGGACCGAGAGCAGAGGGGUCUGCCGGCUGCACUGCCACUCGAACCCCGACUGCCAAGAGCUGGGCAAGACGACCGUGUGCAAGGACCACGAGUGCGAGUGCGGCCGCGGUCACGUGCUCAAGCACAAGCGCUGCAUGCCCCUCGAGUGCUUCAAUCACAAGAUGUGCACCGACAUGCACGGCGCCUUCUCGUCCUGCCACCAGGGUCGCUGCUGGUGCCUUGCGGGUCACGUGAUGACCAACGGCAGAUGUGAUCCCGUCGACUGCCUCGACGACUCGGAGUGUACCGAGGAGAACACACGCUGCAUCGGCCGCCACUGCCGCUGUGCCAGCGACUUUGACCUCGUUGAGAACAAGUGUCGCAAAAGCAAGGUGGGCGAGUGCAACCUCGACGUCCCCUGUCCUCGCAACCACUCAACCUGCCUGCACGAGGAAGGGGAGUGCUUCUGUGCCCCGGGCUACCGAGCCGUGUUCGCCCUCUCGUCAGCCGAGCGCACCUGCCUUCGCGUCUCGUGCGCGAUCGACUCCGACUGCACGGCGGCGUCGGCGGUUGCCCGCUGUCAGCGCGGGCUCUGCGUGUGUCCCGACGACAGGCCGGCAGAGAGCGGCUUCUGCCUGCUGCCUCACGACUCCAGAACUGUAGCGCAGGGACUGUGGGGCGUAACCAAGAUGGUCACGUACUGCGUCGGCCUGGUCAUCGGCGUCGUCGCCUUCGCCGCCGUCUCCAUCACCCUGCUGAAGGCCAAGGCUUCCGCAGGCUACGCGCCCAGUCCUGGAGAGGACGACGAUGCCGUGGGCAAGCAGAUGGGUGACGAAGGCGCCAUCAUGGCCGAGGCGGUGCGCAUGAGGAACCGGCGGGGAGGUCCGAGCGACCUCGAGGCGACCCGGGAGAUCGAGGUCGAAGAAUCGGAGCUGGACUGCGACCUCGCGGACUACUUCGAAGAGGAAGAGCGGCGCAUGGACCGCAUGUUCGUGCGGUCGCUGUUCCCGAAGUUGUCCGAUGGCCUGUUCUUAGCCUCGCAUGGAGGAAGCCGAACGUCCUCUUCGGGAGGGAUUGAAGACACGUCUCCGAGGACGACCGUUCAUACUUAG